UGUAGUAUGUCUGUGCUGGGGAGCUGUGCAAGCAGCGGCCACAGGAUGAGACCCCGGGGAGCUACGUUACUUGUAAUCGCCCUGCUCAUGGUUACCGGCAUCACGGCGCAGACCGGAGCACCGAGUGAGCUGUGCGGGUACCUUGUUUUGUGUUUGAUGGGGACCAGAAAAAACAUGAUUUGAAUCCAUUGAUUAAGAUUUCAGGAGGUUACUUAGUUGAUGACUCCGAUACUGAUGCUGAUUUGUACAUAAAUAUUUGCAGAAAUAUUGGCACCUCAGAAGGAGUUACUUCCCAGUGUCCUCAGGGAAGUGCUGCCUGUCUUUUGAAACAAGGCAAGGCUUAUAAUGUUGGUAAACCUAAAGAUGCACUUAGAUCAGCUGACAAAGACAGGCUUGUGAUAAGUUAUGCAACUGAAGAUACUGAUAUAAAACAGCCUGACUUUUGCAACGGCCACAAACCUGCAGUUACUAUUACUUUCAUCUGUCCUUCAGCUAGAAGAGAGGGGACAAACCCAAAACUGACUGCGAACACCAAUUGUCGUUACGAGAUUGAAUGGGUUACAGAGUACGCUUGUCACAGAGAUUAUUUAGAAAGUGAUAACUGCGUAUUGACAAAUGAACAGCAUGAUAUAUCUAUUGAUUUGUCUCCUCUCAAAGAAGCUGCUGUCUCCGCUUAUCAUGUGCCAGAUUCAAAGCAAGAGUACAUGUAUUACUUGAAUGUUUGUGGUCCAGUCAGCACUUCCCUCUGUGGAAAUGAAAAUGUAUCUUCUUGUCAAUCAAAGGUUGCAGAUCAUAAGUCAAAGUCAGCAGGGUCAUACCUGAAUCAGACUCUCAGAUAUUCGGAUGGGGACCUUACUUUGAUAUAUAAUGGAGGAGACACAUGCAGUUCCGGCUUCCAGAGAAUGACUGUGAUCAACUUUGAAUGCAAUGAAACAUCUGUGAAUGAAGGGAAAGGUGUCCCAGAGUUCAGUGGUGAGGUGGAUUGUACAUAUUUUUUUACUUGGGAGACCAAAUAUGCUUGUGUUAAAGAAAAGGAAAGUCUUUUGUGCCAUGUCACUGAUGGAAAAAAGAGAUAUGAUCUGUCUGAUUUAACACGCUGGGGAGAGCCUGAGACUGCCCAAAAUUGGGAGGCUGUUGAUGCUAGAAAGGAGUCAAAAACGAGAAGUUUUUUUGUCAACGUCUGCCAUAAAGUUCUACAGCAAGGAGAUGCUGCAGGGUGUGAGGAGGAUGCAGCCAUUUGCGCAGUUGUUUCUGGCCAAAAGAAAAACCUUGGAAAAUAUGCAUCUCCACCUAAAAAAGUUGGUGAUAAAAUCCAGCUUGUCUACUCUGAUGGAUCUUCCUGUGGAGAUGACAAUAAUAAGAUUAAAUCCAUCCUUACACUGGUGUGCAAACCUGGUGAUUUGGAAAGUCCUCCAGUGUUGAUGAGCUCCGAUAAAGAUCCCUGCUUGUAUGAGUUUGAGUGGCAUACUGCUGCUGCUUGUGUCCUAUCAAAAGCAGAGGGAGACAACUGCAAAGUAUCUGACUCUCAGGCUGGUUUUUCUUUCGAUCUGUCACCUUUGACCAAGAAAAGUGGAAGCUACAAUCUUUCUAGUGACGGUUAUGACUUCUUUAUCAAUGUUUGUGGCAGCAUUCACGAAGCACAAUGUGGUGAAAACUCUGGCGCAUGUCAAGUGACAAAAUCUAAAAGUGAGUAUUGGAAUCUUGGAAAUUCAAAUGCCUUCCUCUCAUAUUAUGAUGGAAUCAUUAAACUAAGUUACAAGGAUGGAACACCCUAUCAUGAUGGAAAUCAAACUCCUCGUUCUUCACUAAUAACAUUCCUGUGUGAUAAAGAUUCAGGCAUUGGGUACCCAGAAUAUCAGAAAGAAGAUAACUACACAUACAAUUUUAGGUGGUAUACAAUGUAUGCCUGUCCAGAGAUAACGAUGGAAUGUGUUGUGGUCGAUAAGCAGACAUCUGAACAAUAUGAUUUAUCUAGCUUAUCUAAGUCACAUGAUGGACAUGCCGUAAACUGGUAUGCAAUGGACAGUAAAUCUGAAAAACAUAAGAAAUAUUACAUAAACGUAUGCCAAUCCAUAAUUCCAGUGCCAGGAUGUGAUCGCUUUGCCUCUGUUUGCCAGAUGGAAUAUAAUUUACAGUCAGAUGUAAUUUCAGAGACUGUGUCUAUCAGUAACAUGGGAGUGGCAAGCAAUGGUCCUAUCAUUGAAAAAUCUGGUAGAAUACUACUGGAAUAUACAAAUGGCUCUGAGUGUACUGAUCAGCAAGGAAAUAAGACCUCUUAUUCUACAAGGAUACAUCUUGUUUGCACAAAAGGCUUGCUGUCCAGCAGUCCAAAUUUUAUCUCAAGUGAGGAUUGUUUAGUCACAUUCUACUGGAAUACAGAAGUUGCCUGUCCUGUUAAUACGGCUACAACUCAAACUUGCUCUGUGGAAGACCCAAACACUGGCUUUGUUUUCAACCUUGAAUCACUGAAGAAUGAUAAUGGAUAUGUUGUCUCUGGGAAUGGGAAAACAUUUAAGCUGAAUAUUUGUGGCGACGUUAAAGAAUGUGGUGAAGAUGCUGGCGGAUGUGAGUACGAAAAUGGAGUUGCAACAAGACCAGUGCGUGCUGGUACCUCUUUACAGAUUUCCACAGAAAGGUUCCUCACCCUCACUUAUCGAGGGAAUAUUUUAGUUGAAUCAGGGAGUUGGGACACAUUCACAGUGCGGUUUGUGUGUGAUGAUGAUUUUUAUCCUGGAGUGCUUUCCUUUCUACGAGAGGAAAUCAACGCCGCAAAAAACAUUCAUGACACUUUCUUUGAGUUUAAAACUGCAUUAGCAUGCAGCCCAGCACCAGUGGAUUGCCAAGUUACAGAUUCUGCAGGAAAUGAAUAUGAUUUGAGCGAUCUGAGCAGAGAUGUUGAACCUUGGAUAGCGGUUGACACAGAGAAAAGCAGAACAUUUUAUUUGAAUGUUUGUAAACCUCUUCCUUAUGUUCAUGGGUGCCCAGGAGGUGCUGUUGGCUCCUGCAUGAAGGAAGGCAAUAAAAAUUUAAACCUUGGAUUUAUUCAAAUCAGUCCCCAGGCAUCUUCUGAUGGAUCUCUCACUAUUGUUUACAUGAAUGGUGACAAAUGUAAAGGCAAUCAGCGUUACACUACACGCAUUAUCUUUCAGUGUGAUAGAAAAACGGGAUCUCCAGUGUUUGAGCAUCAAAGUGACUGUGAAUAUGUCUUUUUGUGGAGGACUCCUGAGGCCUGCCCCAUUGUUAGAACAGAAGGUGACAACUGCCAAGUUAAAGACCCAAAGAAUGGUUAUGUCUAUAAUUUGAAACCCCUGGGAGAAAAAGAUAUUGAAGUAAAGGUUGAUAAAUAUACAUACUAUUUCCGAGUAUGUGGUGAGGUUACUCCCAGUACAUGUAAAGCCACAACUAAAAGUGGGUUAGUGUCUUCCUGUCAAGUGAAGGGCUCGGAAUCCAAGGUUGCAGGCUUGGCCAACCAGAACCUCACUUAUGAAAAUGGCCUAAUUAUGAUCAAUUAUACAGAUGGAGAUACUUGUCACAAAAUCUAUAAACGGUCAACUUUGAUCAUUUUCUCUUGUGACCGUACAGAAGGACAGCCAGUAUUUCUGAAGGAAACUUCUGAAUGCACUUAUAUGUUUGAAUGGCAUACACCUCUUGCCUGCCCUCCGUUGAAGCCAAUUGACUGCUCUCUUAAGGACUCGGAGGGCAAUUCAUAUGACCUUUCAUCAUUGUCGCAAUACAAGGAGAACUGGGAAGCUAAACACUCAACUGACUCAACCCAAAAGUACCUUAUUAAUGUUUGUGCAUCUCUUGUGCCUGAAAUAGGGCCCACCUCAUGUCCAAAUGGUGCUGCAGCCUGUUUGGUGGAUGGAUUAAAGGCGGUUAGUCUUGGUCAGCUUGCUAAAGGCCCUACAUGGGGCAAUGGAAUCUCGAUCCUCCGCUAUGUCAAUGGAGAUCUUUGUCCUGAUGGUUUAAGAAACCGAACGACGACUAUACGAUUCCAAUGUGAUGAAACGGAAGUUGGUAGCGGUCCCCAGCCAAUCACAGUGUUAGAUAACUGUGAUUAUAGCUUCUUAUGGUUCACUUCUGCAGCUUGUCCUGUGAAAAUUACAGCACAAGAUCAAUGCAGUGUCACAAAUCCUGUUACAGAUCACCUCUUUGAUCUAAGUGCUUUAACCAACAAAGAUGGAUAUGUGAUUAAUGAUCACAAACGGCAGAUUCGUUUAAAUGUCUGCAGUGAGGUGAAGGGUCCGUGUGCUGCUGGAGCAGGUGUGUGUAUCACAGAGGAUGGCAAGCAUAUAAUGGCUGGAAAGCCUCAGAAUAGGAUAACAUAUGUCGAUCAAGUUUUGCGUCUGGUUUAUGAUGAAGGAGAUCAAUGCGCAAGCAACGCCAGUCUGAAGCACAAGAGUGUUUUCAACUUUGUAUGUGGUAUGGAUUCUGCAACAGGCAGUCACCCUGCUCUUGUGUCGUUUGAUGACCAGACAUGUACUUGGUACUUUUCUUGGCAUACUUCCCUGGUGUGUGAGCAGAAGAUAAAGUGUUCUGUGUGGAAUGGCACAAACCUAAUUGACUUGAGUCCUCUCAUCAAGCAUACCGGCUAUUAUGAAGCACUAGCUAAUGACCAAGAUGAUCAGUCAGAUUAUUACAUCAAUAUUUGCCAACCAUUGAAUCCUGUUAAGGAUGCUAACUGCCCUCCUGGGGCAGCAGCAUGUGUGGUACCUGAUAAUGGACAGCCAAUUAAUAUUGGACAUGCAUACAGCUCUCCCCAGAUAAACAAGGCCACUGAAAAAGUGAAUAUCACAAUGGACAGCCCAACCCCAUGUGCAAUGGACACAAAGCUAAAUUACUCCUCUCUGAUCAUCUUCCAUUGCAGGAUGGGAACUGAUCUGGGCACACCCAAGAUGGUAGGGAUUUCUGGGUGUAGUUAUGUGUUUGAGUGGGAAACGCCAUUAGUGUGUCCAGAUGAAGUAACCACUUCAGGAUGUUCUGUGACUGACCAGCAACUCCACUACACAUUUAAUUUAAGCAACCUUGCGGGGAAGAUCUACACGAUUUCUGGUCGUAAUACAUAUAAAAUUGGAGUAUGCUCAGCCGCAACUAGUGGUAAUUGUGAAGGAGCAGUCUGUCAGGUUUCUGGUAGCAAUGCAUAUUCAUUUGGAAAUAUGAAGGCAAUGAAAAUGGAUUAUCGCCAUCAAGAUGAGUCUGUAGUUUUGAGGUAUGCCGGCGGAGAUUCCUGCCCUCCAGUGACUGACAGAAAUGAACUGUGCAUCAUCCCAUUUACAUACAAAGGAAAGACCUAUAGCACUUGUACUACUGAAGAAAGACAGAAGCCGUGGUGUUCAACUUCAAAUUUUGAAAAGGAUAAAAAAUGGGGGUACUGUUCAAACUCAACUGACACAAGAGAGUCAACCAUCAUAUUUAAAUGUGAUGAGAGUGUUAAAAGUGGUAAACCAGUGGUACUGAGUGAAGCCAUGGACUGUUCUGUAACAUUUGAAUGGAAAACAAAUGUGGUUUGUCUUCCCAAAAAAAUGGAAUGCAAAUUUAUACAAAAGCACAAGACCUAUGACCUGAGAAUGUUUUCUUCCUUGACCAGUUCCUGGAACUUUAUGCACGACGGUAGUUCUUAUUACCUAAACUUGUGUCAAAGAGUGAAUGAAGGUCCUACAGGAUGUCCAGACACUGCAAGUGUUUGCAAAAAAAGUGCCAGUGGAAUUGUGGAGGUCUUGGGUCUAGUACACACACAAACUGUUACUAUAAAAGAUGAUGUGGUAUAUGUAAAAUAUUCAAAUGGAGAUCCCUGUGUAAAAGGCAGAAAGCUGGCCACUAUUAUAGAGCUGAAAUGUUCAACAACAGUUGAUAAACCAACAUUUCAAAAGUUUGAUGAAGAACUUUGUGAAUAUCAUAUAACGUGGGAAUCUCGUGCAGCUUGUGCAGUAACUCCAAAAGAAGCACAGAUGAAUAAUGGAGUAAUACAUCUCGACAACGGUGUAAAUGUUAAUUUGACUGAUAUUUAUUACAAAUCAUACAACGCUUCUGGUGAUGUAAGACUGUUUCCUCAUAAGUCUGAGGAAUAUAUCUAUCAGAUUAAUCUGUCUGGAGGUGGAAUCUCCCCUCAUCCAAAAUGUAAUGGAGCAAGCAUAUGUCAAAUAAAAGUUGAUGGUACCUUCUUUCGGGGCAUUGGUUCUUCUAACAAAGUCAAAUAUUACAUCAAUGAUGAUGAUUUAGAUGCCGUAUUUACUUCUGACUCCAAAUGUGGUAAAGAUACAUCAAAAAAUUCCACUGCUACGAUUUUAUUCCACUGCAGCAACGUGGGGGGAGAAAGCAGACCAGAAUUUUUUCAUGAAACUGCUGACUGCCAGUAUUUGUUCUCCUGGCACACAUCAGCCGUCUGUCCUUUAGAGCCAGAAGGUCGCGGGAGCAGUGAUGACUUACCUGCAGGUCAAGAUGAAAGUUACCAGGGCUUGUCGGGAAGGAGCCAAGCAGUGGGUGGCAUCCUCAGUGUGCUCCUGAUUAUUCUAGUUGUGUGUUUGCUGGUGCUUCUGCUGUACAAGAAAGAAAGGAGGGAAAUUAUGAUGUACAAGUUAAGCAACUGUUGUAGAAGAAGCUCUACUGUGUCUUAUAAGUACACUAAGAUCAAUACUGAAGAAGAUACCAAUGAAAAUGAGACUGAGUGGCUUAUGGAAGAGGUCUCUAACCAUACAAAACCUAAUCAUGAGAAUGGGCACAUUAGAUCUGUUAAACCAGGGACCUUCAGUUCCUUGCAUGUGGAUGAUCUUGACAGUGAGGAUGAAGUCUUAACAGUACCAGAAGUCAGGAUUCAAUCUGCACGGAUCAAAGAGAGAAAUACAAACCAGCCAAAGAACUCCUAUGAUUUUGGCAGUGAGGAAACCCUUAUUGGAAUAGCAAAUGGUGUACAAGAAAAGAAAGCGAAGACUAGGCAUAGCCACCAUAAAAAAGAGCCAACCCUCAAUAUAGCUUCGUUUCAUGAUGACAGCGAUGAGGACAUGUUAAAUGUCUAGCAUUGAGUCCCCUAUUUUCCAGUUCCUCUCUGUGCCUAAAUAAAAUUGGAAUGGACGAAGCUACCGCAACCAAAUACAAGUAGCUUAGCCUAUUUUAUUCAAAACAUUUUUUUUUUUUUUUUUUUCCUGGGAACUAAAACUUUAUUGAAGACAGGGAAAAAGCCUCUGUGGCCGUUUACAAUGGAUAAACAAAGUUGAUGGUAUUCUAAUAUGAUAAUCAAUUUUACCAUUUGCUCCCAAAAGUCUAACCAUGCUUUUAUGAUGAGUCAAAUGCCGGCCAUUUUGGCAUGUAUAGGGGUGAUAAAACAUAAAAUGAUGUUGCUGGGAUUUGCUUUAAACUUUGGGUACUGGUAUCUUGUUGUAUUGUAGAGCGCAAUUUGAAAUUAAUGUAAUUGGACCUAAAUUGGAUCAUCUGUAAAUGGUGAAAGAGAAAAAAGUGUUUGACUACUGGGAUUUUUACGCUUUCUCCUUUAUUUAUUUUCUUGAUACUAUUACUCAGGUUGGCUUAAUAAUUAGCAGCAAGUUCUUCCUGCCGGCAGGGUAUUAUAACACAACUUUGCUCAUUCAAAGAGAUGAUCCAAAAGCUGGGUGUAAAUACAUUUCUUGUUGGGUUUCAUAACCUGUACCUUCUCUUGAAUACAACCUGUAAAUUCUACUUGUAUUUACUAAUAAUACUCCUAUGUUGGUUUUCCAAUUGGAGAAAUAAAGAAGGAAAGAACUGUACAGAGUAUUUGAGAUAUAUAUAUAUGCGCUGCUGUUCUGUUCACAAACUAUUGAAAUAAAGGUAUUAAAAUCUAGUUGUAUUAGAACAAUAAAGAUAAUUCAAAUUUAAAAGGACACUAAAUACAUUUCAUGCAUCUCCCUAAUUAUGUGUGCCACCAUGUUGGAUUAGAUUGCAGCUAUCUGAAGGAGAGUUUUUGUACAUAUGCAAACACAUCAGCCCUGGAAUGCAAUAAAAGUUAAAUUUCAACAUGGCGACACAUGACUAGCAGGAGGCGUUAAAUAACCUCAAUACUAUGCUUUUAAAAUGUAUUUAGUGUUUAAUGACUCUUAAAUAGUUUGAUCAGUAAAAUUUAAAUUUCAAGAGAGAUCUUGUCAAAGUCGACAUAAAUCUUGAUCCAGCCUAAUGAUUAUAUUGUUUGUUUUUUUUUAAAAAUGAACGCCAUAAAUUUAUUUAAAAAACUAAUCAAGUAAAAGCAUUAAUUUGUACAAUAAGCAGCUUAAAAUACCCGGGAAACUGCAAUGAGCCAAAAUAUGUCAACUAUGGUUUCUCUGGAGCAAAGUGGAGAUAUCUGCUGGUUUCAAAUUUAGAAAUAUUAAUGAAUUUUCCUUUUUUUGUUGUUGUUGAAAGGUUAUUGCUUUUUGGCAAUUGCAUAGGUUAUUGUUAGAUUUCUACAGAGCUACAUGCUUAUCAAAAUUAAAAAAAAAAUAAUAAUUGUGGUUGUGAAGAAACCACAACAUAAUAUUGCUUUUUUGUUUUGUUAUCAGAAGCGUUUUGUGAGAAUUUUAGUACAAUUUUAGAGGCUCAUGUAAAGGGAAUAAAAAGUGUGCAUUGACGACUACCAUUAGCUACCUUACCAUUAUAAUGUAAAACUUUAAAUGUAUUUAUAUUGUGUUCUCUUAAAUAUAGCAUAUAUAUUAAUGGUGCCAUUCCUUGAAGGCUGAAACAAUAUUUCCUACACUUGAUCAUGAAAGUGAUGCAAUGAAUAGAAAGGUCCAAUUUGGAAUAGACAGAGUUUUGCAAUAUAAUUACAUUAGCAAAAAUGUUUUGGUAAAGUUUUUUAGUAGCAUACGCACAUAUGCUGUAAAGGCCUGUGCACCAGUAUUCAAACACUGCACCUUUUCAGAAAGUCAGCAGUGGCUUGUAUGGCACAUAUUACAUCUACGAAGAAGCAAUACACACCACGGCCAGCUCUCUAAGAAGGUGUUUUGUUUGAAUAAACAACUUUCCAGUACUUCUAUUGUCAUUUUGCUUCAUUCUGUUGGUAAACGUUAUUGAAGGAGCAGCAAUGCACUAUGGGAGCUAGCAGAACACAUCGGUAAGCCAAUGACAAGAGGCAUAUAUAUGCAGGCACAAGUCGGCAGUCAGCUCCCUUUUCCUGAGCCUACCUAGGUAUGCUUUUCAACAACGCAUACCAAGAGUACUAAGCAUAUUUAAUAAUAGAAGUCAUUUUAAAAGUUGUUUAAAAUUGUAUGCUCUAUCUGAAUCUUGAGAGAGAAUUUUUGGGUUUCGGUGUCCCUAGAUGAGAAUAAAAAUGUCCCACACUGCAUAUUGUAACCCUCUCAAGCAGUCUGUUUUUUAUUCUACACAACUGUGUUCUAUGCAGCUAAUUAGCGGGUGUCUCACAUAAACCCUAUACAAGUAUCUGGUCAUACGGAAUCAAAAGCAGCCUGAGUGAGAGAGCUGCGUCAUCUGGAUUAAAUAAAAUAACUGCAUUUUGUUAGCAACAAUAAAACUUGGAUAAAGUUUUAUUUUUCCACAAAAGUGAUGAAUUAAAGUUAAUGCUACAGCUCAGUUUGUGUUUAAAAGGCCCUUGAGAAGUGAUCUGGACCAUCACUAUUUAUCAUCUCCGUGAUGAUAUCACGGUACAGGCUGAACUAGCCAAUCACUUCUACUCACUAUUUUCAUCAGCCUCCCAGAGCAUAGAUUUGCAGCUCUGUAUAUUGUUUGAUAAUAUUUAUUCUUUAUGUAUUUCUAGGGGUGAUUUUACCACCUCUGUAGGCUGACCGGUUCAACAGUAGUCAGCCUGACCGCCUGCAAUCGCCACUUGUGAUGUUUCCUCUCAGGGCACAAUUUACAAUUGCACAAGAGAGCAGGGUAUGUCAAUCACACCAAACGAGCGGAGUGUUGAGGUGAUGGAUCUCGCCACUUCUGAGGUGGCGGAGAGGAAAAAGAGAAACAGGUUUUGCUUCUUAAAUAUGUGGCAGUAGGCUCACUUAUGCAGACCUGCUCCAUAUAGAAAAGACGUGAUCAAUUUACCCCAAGUCACACCUUUUCUCUAUAUUGCUUCUUUUUUUUUUGCUCUUGUUAUGGCUACUAAUUGCAGUAGCCUUAAUGCACAUGUCACUUUAAAGUAACCUUAGCUUAAUUAUCAAUUCUGUGUUGUGUAAUAAUGCUGUCCUUGUUGGCUGUUUUAAGGUGCAUGGGCAAUUGUGACUUAGUUCUAGGAGUUAAUUGCAAUGAAUACAUUGGAAAUUACAGAUAGGUUGUUGACAGUGAUAAUAUACAAAGACAGUUCUAAAAGUGUAUAACAUGAUUGCCAAUCUAAAAUAAUAGCUCAUAGGUAUAUGGUUUAUGUGCAAAGCAUGAGGGCCAACCAUAAAUAUAUUCCUCUUAAAAUAGGCUUGCCAUAUUGCCACUUUAAAGGAAACCAUCAACACCAGAAUUUCUGUUGUUUAAAAAGAAAGAUAAUCCCUUUAUUACCCAUUCCCCAGUUUUGUAUAACUAACACAGUUGUAUAAAUACACUUUUUACCUCUGUGAUUACCUUGUAUCUAAGCCUCUGCAAACUGCCCCCUUAUUUCAGUUCUUUUGUCAGACUUGCUUUUUAGCCAAUAAGUGCUCACUCCAGGGUAACUUCACAUGCAUGAGCUCAAUGUUAUCUAUAUGAAACACAUGAACUAAUGCCCUCUAGUGGUCAAAAUGCAUUCAGAUUAGAGGCAGUCUUCAAGGUCUAAGAAAUUAGUAUAUGAACCUCCUAGAAUUAGCUUUCAACUAAGAAUACCAAAAGAACAAAGAAAUUGGUGCUAAAAGUUAAUUGAAACGUUGUUUAAAAUUACAUUCCCUGUUUAAAUCAUGAAAGUUUUUUUUGGACUUGACUGUCCCUUUAAUGAAAGGGGAGGCAUAUGACAAAUACAUAUGUCAAGGUACUUAUAAUGGAACAUUAUUCAAACAUUUCUUUAAACACCCCCUAACAUGUAUUUUUCAAGUGUUCUCCCUUAAAGCAGCAAUAUGGCAACCCUACUCUUACAGAAUGUCAAUGCAUCUUUUUCUAAAGCAAUUUAAUUCAGUAUUGAAAGAGUAUAUACACACCAUACUAAUCAAUAAGGCCUUGCAAAUCAAUCCGGUACAUUUAAGCACUCAUUUGCGUUUGUUAGUAAAGUUGUGUUUUAUUGCAAAGGAGCAUAAAUAUGAGCAAGAUGUGGUACCGCUUUACUAAGCUUUAUUGAUCCUGUUAAAAGAAAUGCCAUACAUCAUUGUGUAGUAUGGAAAAGACUGUUUAAAGGUGGAGGUGAUAAAUGCAAUGCUGCUUUACACAACUGAGGUUUUUUUUUAAUAAUUAUCUGUAAAUGUACACAAUGCAAUUGGUGUCUGAUCUUUCUUCUAAACAGUUUUGUAUUUUCUAGCUGAUUUGUUUGGGUUGAUUAAUACAAUGGACUUUUUUCCCCAUUUUUGAUCCAGUUGUAAUAUAAAAGUAUUAAAGAACCAAAUUAAAAUAAGUUAUAAAGUCAA